GGCUUUCCAGACAUUAUCUUUCAAAGCCGAAUCAUCCACGGCGACCGUUGGUUUCGCGCUUGCCCUGUCGUCCUUUUCGAACUGGUUGCUAUGGCGAUGCCCGGGUUCCGGUUCCGCUGUGGUUAUAUCCAUGUUGUGGUGUUGGAUGGUCGGGCCCAGCGUGUGUGUUUUGUCACUUUAUCAUUGUGGGUUUUUAUUAUUUGUUUAUUGGGUGGUGGGGCAGUCGUGAUCAGCUCCCUGUGAGAGGCGGCGGAUGCGGUACUGUGUCGUUCUACCUAAUCUGAUCAAGUGAAACUGAUUGGAUGCUUGUUUAUCUGGUGGUUUCUAUUCUUUCAACGGUGUGGAUUACCAUGGCACAGAACCAGCCAGGAGUGCCAGAAGAAAAGGACAAAACUUCUACUGCAUUAAAAGAUUUGCUCUCCAGAAUAGACUUAGAAGAACUUAUGAAGAAAGAUGAACCACCUCUUAAGUUCCCUCAAACACUUGAGGAAUUUGAAUAUUCUUUUAAUGAAAAGGGACAGUUAAGACAUAUAAAAACUGGACAACCUUAUGUAUUCAAUUACCAUGAGGACUUGCACAGAUGGAACCAGAAACGUUAUGAAGCUCUUGGAGAGAUUAUCACCCACUGUGUUUAUGAACUUUUAGAAAAUGAAUGUCAUUUGAAGAAGGUUUAUCUCCCGGUGGAUGCUACAGAAGGUGAACCAAAGAGCUUCAUCUUUAUGAGUGAAGAUGCCAUAACCAACCCUGACAAAUUGAUGGUUCUGAUUCAUGGUAGUGGGGUUGUCCGGGUUGGACAGUGGGCCAGACGACUGAUAAUCAACGAAGACCUUGACAGUGGCACUCAAAUACCUUUCAUUAAAAGGGCUAUGGACGAGGGAUAUGGAGUGAUCGUUCUAAACACCAAUGAAAACUACAUAGAAGUGGAGAAGUCAAAGAAACAAGUGCAAUCGCCAGCAAAUGAGACAGACGAGCCAGCAGAAAAGAAAGAGAAGAAGGAUGACAGUCAGAAAGAGACAAACAAACGGCGUGACUUUUAUGAGAAGUACCGAAAUCCUCAAAAAGAAAAAGAGACAAAACACAUUCCCAUUAGGGAUAAUGGCACUCCAGAAGAACACACACUCUAUGUCUGGGAUCACUUCAUUUCUCGAUCUUCUGCCAAGAAUGUAGUAUUUGUUGCCCACAGUUACGGUGGCUUGGUGUUUGUGGAGUUAAUGAUUCAGCGGGAAGCAGAGGUGAAGAGCAAAGUGAUUUCUGUAGCACUGACGGAUUCUGUCCAUAAUGUUUGGCACCAAGAAGCUGGGAAAUCUAUACUAGACUGGAUGCAAGAGCACUGCCGCAACUGGGUAUCAAGCUCUGAACCUCUGGACACACCAGUAGAAUUCAUGCUACCAGACUGUCCAAGAGUCUCUGCAGGUACAGAACGGCAUGAGCUAACUUCCUGGAAGAGUUUUCAUUCUAUUUUCAAGUAUUUUACUCAAGCUUUAGAGGCACAGAACACUGAAGCAAAAUCUAAGUCAACGGUGACAACAAGAAGCUCAUAUCGAAAGAAAAGUGAAGAUUUAUGAAGCAAAAUGCCAUUUUCCUGCUUUUUUUGUGCUGGCAGUCCCCCGGUCCCUCAUUAGAUUGUUUUCUUCUUGGAGCAAAGGGUCACGGUGUAUACAUCUAAAUAGCAUUUUGCAUUAUUUCUAGAUGAGCGCAACUGUCAAAGCAAUAUGGGUUUGCCGGUUGUGUUUCCUGUGGUCCCGAGCUCAGAUUUGGUGCCACCGAUCGGUGCACAGAUCAAGAGUGACAGCAGUUCUGCUCAGUGCAGCACAGAGCGGCUCUAAUUGCCCUGACACAGCCCUGCGCUGUGCUAAUGCCAUGGGGCUAUUGGCUUCCCCCACGUCCUAAAGCCUGCCAAACUAUUUCAUUAAAGAGACAGCCUCUCUUUUGUCGGCCUAUGUACAGCAGCUUUUAAAAUAGCCGAGAAUCACAGCCACUCAACAUUUUCCUUUCACGUACUCAAGCCUUGUCAUAAUUUUCAAGGGACUUCAAAUGCAUUUAAGUCGCUAAAGAUGACAGUUGUUUUUGGUGAUGCCAGCUGUCACUUUUUGUAGCUGCUUAAAAAAUAGCUUUGUAUUAUUGAAACUGUGCGUUUGUUUUACAAAAAAAGCCAACAACACUUCUUAAAGCUGGAGGAUGUUUAAAGAUACGUUGAGUGAAUUUGAUUCAUUGUAAAUUUCUGUCUGUUGGCCAACAUAAACUGAAGCUAUCUUUUUUUAAAAAGCAUUAAUUAAAUUUCUAAAUCAAGAGGUAUGUAUCCAUUAUGUGAUCUGAUCAAUGUACAGUUAUACGUAAAUAUAUCCUCAAAAAUGACUAGCUGAGUUUGUAAAACUAGAUUGCAAACUGGACAAUGCAAACAAUAGAGCCACCAUAGCACUGUUUCCUCGGAGCAUUCAAAAACAUAAAACAAGUAGUUGAAAGAUCCCUGUAAAUAUUUUCAUUCUACAUUUGUUGGAAUUUUACAUUUUCUUGCUUUUAGCUAGUUGCUGAGCAAUCUGUUUUAAACACCGACUUUUAAACUCUUUAUGGAAAACAUAUAUUAGUUCCAUGAGCUCAUAUGAAAUGUGUGUUGCAAUUCUUGUUUUAAGUGAUAUUUCAUUGUCCGUUUUAAAUCAUUUCAGCUUUUCUAACAACAAUUAAAAUGGGACUUUAAUGAUUUAAGCAUUACAGUAAUUGUGAACUUGCUUUGUAAGGAAGUAAUGCUCCAAAUAUCAAAAACAAGAAAUUGCAUAUUAAUACUAGUUUAGACCCUGGCAUUCUAUCUGGAAGUUAAUUUUUUUGUUUUACAGUUUGCUCGUUAUUGCUCGAGAGAUGUGAUGCAUUGGCUAUAGCGUAGCUUGGGAAUUCUGUUAAAAUCUAGGACACACAAAUGGUAAAAUUUGAGUAAUGUAAGGUAUGUUUUAAGACAUGCUUUCAAAAAUCCUCUGAGUAAUUAAUCAUUACUUUGUUUAACCAUUUGUAAAUUGGGGCUUUUGUAGUAUUUUAGAACAUGAACUAAUACAAAACAGAGAGUAGAUUAUUUAGAAUAUUCGAAUUCCUGUUAUUGCAGACAUAAGUCAGAAGAACAGCACUAAAAUGCUAGAUGAAAAUUAAAAUACGUGCCUUUGAUUAAAUAUUUAGCAAUACAAAGUUUGAGAAAUAUGAAUUUGCACAAAGCAGCGUACAAAGUGAUUAAUUCAAGUGAUUUGUUCGAGUUUAUAAUGCUGCCAGUGCUCUGAAUGGCUGGAAAGCUCCAUUAGGUUAUGUGAAUAGGCAAAAGGACCCAGGGGAAGCCUUUGGUAGCUCCUUUGGCGCAUGUGCAGCUCACUCCCGUAGAAGUAGGAUAGCAGGUUUGCAGCUGGAGCUUUGAUUGGAGUUUAAAGUCAUUUGACAUUUCCAGCACUUUCUGCAAAAUGACACUGGUCCCUGCAGAACGUGUGCCUUAUCCCUACAUUCUUUCGAUGUGCAUAGAGUUUAAGUGUGGAAAUUGUAAAAUGAACUAAGCUAACCCCAAAAUCGAGCAUUUUAAUUUUUGGUGUUGACUCAUCAGUUAAUCUCUAGACAUAUUAAAAUUGGUCGAUAUUGUUUUUACAGUUAUAUGUUAGUCAAGGAAAUGUAGAAAUGGUCAACGAAAUAUUUUUAGAUUUAAAUUGGUUUUCAUUUUAAUCAUGAAGUAGAAAAGUGAAAGAAAAAAUGGAACCCGUAAAAUACCCUUCAGUCAAUUACUUUCUGCAUUGUAAGACUUAAUUGUUUAAAGCAAUGUGAUGGUUACAUUUAAAGAAUCCGCUCUCUUGCCCGCUCCCUUUUAUAUUGAGUAUUAAACGUUGUGCAUAUAUUUGUAAUCGGAAAUGUAAUUAGUCAGAUUUUGAAAUAUUACAGGCUUACUUUUGAAAACUAUCAUAAAGGAAGGAAAUCACCUCGAGACGAUGCCGGCUGAGGAUGACUGACAGCACUAAGUGAAUAGGAGCUUUCCAUGCAAUUGUGAACCGGGGCAGUGGGGGGAAAUGUAAAGGAGAGGAAAAUGAAUUUUCAAACUAAAAAGCUUUAAAACGGAGCUGUGAUUUUUAUUUGUGAUAGUUUUGAAAUCCACCUUAUGAAACUGAAGCACUGGAAUGAAAAGUUAUGUUCUCCAGUGCAUAAAUCCGACUCUAACUUUUAUCAAGCUGUAUCGAUGACCCUGAUUUUAAAGCAUUUUACUUUCCAAUGACAAUGUUUAAACAAGCUGAAUCGAAAUAAAGGUUUAUUCUCCA